AUGACCACAACAAGUAAAAAUAUUGAACUAAUUGUUAAACAAUGGACUUCAUUUGAUUUAAAAACAAUUCAGCAUGAACUAGACGCAACAACAACUGAAAUAGCCAGUCGUGCCGAUGAAAGCGAUCAAUCAAGAAGAAAAUUGGUUGAAUUAAGUCGAGAUUUCAAGAAAAAUACCAAUGAAGAUGUGCGCAAAGCCGUUGCACCGAUCUUAAAAUCGUUCCAAUUCGAAAUUGAUAGUUUAUCAAAACGGAGUAAAGCAGCUGAAAAAGCAUUUUUAGAAAUCUAUCGACAUUUAAGUGAACUGCCAGAUCCGGUGCCAGCCCUUGAAUACGCUCAAACAUUACAGCGACGAGCAGAAAAAGUAUCUGACCUUGAAGUUGAAAACCAAAAAUUACGAGAAACAUUAGCCGAAUACAAUAAUGAAUUUGCUGAUGUAAAAAAUCAAGAAGUAACAAUCAAGCAAUUGCGUGAGAAAAUUAAAGAUUUAGAAGAUAAAACAGAAUCAACAAUUCAGCAACGUAUUAAAGAAAAAGAAAAAGAACUUCAACGUAUCUUCGCGGAAAAAGAACGCCAGUUACAAAAUCAACAAUUCGAUCUCGUCACUAAAUAUGCCGAAAUGGAAAUGCGUCAAACGCAAUUACAAUCAACAUUAGAUCAUGCACAUCAAGAAAUGUUCGAAUAUAAAUCUAAACAAGAAGAUGCAACAAGUGCACGUUCAUCUGAAAUCGACAUUCUCAAUCAAGAUUUAGAACGAGCUAACGAACGAGCGUCCAAUGCUGAACGUUUAGUUGACAAAUUACGCGAACAACUCGAUCAAGCACAUAAACUCAUGGCAUCCGUACCGAAAGAUCAGAAUUCCGAUGAGCUCAUGUCACACGAAGACAGUGAAAAGCAGAUACGUGAAAAACUUGAAUUUGAAUUAGCAGCUAAAGAACGUGAAAUAACUACACUCGUUGUUGAUACACAAAAACUGCAAUCGACUCUUAUUAAAAUUAAAGAAACAUCACUGUCACAGAUAUCGGAUCUCGAAAAUGUUUUAACUGCAAAAGAAAAACACAUUGCACAACUAGAAAAUAAACUGCACAAUCAAGCAGAUUACGACGAGAUAAAGCGCGAAUUGACUAUUUUAAAAUCAAUUGAAUUUCCUUCAUCCAAUCAAUCGAAUCAUGAGCAAACGGGCAAUUUACCAAAGAAAUCAUUAGAAAUACUUCUACUGGAAAAGAAUCGAGCGUUGCAAAGCGAACAUACCCAAAUAAAAGUGGCAUUCACCGAUCUUGAAAGUAAUAUUCUGCAGCAUUCAUAUCGUCACCAUUCGUCUUUAUGUUCACAUCAACCAAAUACUCUUUCUCUUCUUUCUUCUCCUUCAUCGCCUCUUCAGAAUCCUUUAAAAACCUCUUCUCAGUCAGCUAGUUCUAAUACUACUGAGGACAUGAAAAAACCUCUUGUUACUUCUCCAUCAAAAGUUAUAUCACUGUUACCAUCAAGCGAUAAUCUUCAAUCAAUAUGUAACUCUCUCUCUACUCCUAUUGAUACCAAAUAUUCAACGUGUCCAACGAUGAUUACUCCAACUGCUCCACUUAUCUCAUCUUCGACAAUAUCAACUCCGUCCGAACUCUAUUCCGGUCCACAACUUAAUUCAGUUCAAUGGACAAAACUUCCUUGUCCGCCACUUACGUCAUCAUCAUCAUCAUCAUCAUCAACUCCAUCACCUUCAACUGUUGCUGUCACAUCGACAGAUACAAAACCCACCAUAUCUGUGCCAACAAAUAGCAAUAGUCUAGAGCCUCUUGAAACAACUCAUGUUGCUGAUAUUGUGCGAAAACUUCUUGCGCAACAUAACAUAGGCCAACGAAUCUUUGCUCGCUAUAUUCUAAGUCUAUCUCAAGGUACAGUUAGUGAAUUAUUAUCAAAACCAAAAGCAUGGUCAAAAUUAACUGAAAAAGGCAAAGAAAGUUAUCGAAAAAUGUGGUCAUGGGCUAAUUCGGAAAAAAGCAUACUGGCCUUAAAAAGUCUUAGUCCACGUUCGAAAGAUAACGCAUAUCCAUUAACACAACAAAAAGCUCUACAAGUUCUAUCUGAUGAACCCAAACGAUCUCGUACACCAUCGUCAUCUUCAGAAUCGUCUCGUGCGAGUUCUCCCGUCGAACAAAAACCAUUUAUUCCUCCUUCAAUGUUUUCAAGUUUUGUUCCAUCGCUAUUAAUGCAAACAACAAAUAGACUUAAAAAUGAAAUCUAUUCGCCCUAUAAUAUUCUUUGUCCACAACCAGAAAAUUAUCGUAAUUGGUUAAUGUUACAAGAAAUCGUUCGAACAAAUGCUAUGAUCAAACAAUUGAAACCCUUAGAUAUUGAUGAAAAUGAACAAGAAAAUGAAGAAGAUGUAGAUGAAAAUCCACUUGAUUUAAGUAUGAAAAUCGAUCCAGAUCAAACUACAAUUAAUAAAGCAUCGCCAGUCAAACCUACUAAAGCAUUGCUCUCACCAUUGACUGAACGAGAUAUUUCAAAAUAUCGUUCGAUCAAUACAGCCGAAUUAGUACAAACAGUAAAAGACAUUCUAAGUCGUUAUAGUAUAUCACAACGACAUUUUGGAGAACGAAUUCUUGGCCUAUCCCAAGGAAGUGUUAGUGACAUUCUUGCUCGACCAAAACCAUGGGACUUAUUAACACAAAAAGGUCGUGAACCAUUUAUACGUAUGCGUGCAUUUCUCGACGAUGGAAGCGCACUAAAACAACUUGUACAAAGUGUUUCAUUGACACCAUCACCAUCGGCAUUAAACGAUAUUCAAUCGAAAAGUUUAAUUUCAAAUGAAAAUUCUAUUGAUUCUCAAUCAAAUGAUUGUUCCCAAUUAUUAGCAAAUGAAACUCUAUCAUCAUCAUCAUUAUUAUUAAGUGAACCAACAGUAACAAUGAAUAAUAAUAAUACCAACAAUAAAUCAAAAGCUCGUUCGAAACUUCCGAAUAAUCAGUUUCGACAGCCAACAAAAAUCAGAUCACAAAUUCGUCCUUAUGAAUUACCAAUACUAACAUUACCACUUACCAUUGAUACUGAACAAUUAAGUUCACAAGUUCGUGAACUACUUUCUUCGUAUAGUAUUGGUCAACGUGUAUUCGGUGAAGCUGUUCUUAAUCUUUCUCAAGGUACAGUCAGCGAAAUCUUAUCGAAACCUCGACCUUGGCAUGCGCUAAGUGUCAAAGGUCGCGAACCAUACAUACGUAUGUAUAGUUGGUUUCACGAUAUUGGUAAUGUGCAAAAACUACUUGCUUGGAAACAAGAACGAGAUGCUUUCCGACGCACUAGUCGCAGUCAAACAACAACAGCAACAGAUAAUAUCGACAUAGAAAAUACGAAUCAUUCUUCUUCGCCUGCAAAACAACACUAUUCAUAUACUGAUGAUCAAAAUCAUGUAUUACAGCAGUUAUUUGACAAUGAUCCAUAUCCAACUAAAUCACAAUUGCAGCAAGUUGCCGAUGAGUUAUCAUUAUCAAUGAAUAAAAUAUCCGAUUGGUUUCAUAGUGCGAGAAUGAAAAUAAAACCUGGUAGACAUUCUCUUGAUCUAAAUAAACUUUCUGCGUCACCUUUAAAUGAUAAUGAUGAUGAUGAUGACGACGACGACGACGACGACGACGACGACGCUAAUACUUUAUCAAUAAUUGAACCAUUAAAUGGUUCAUGGUUUAAUAAUACAGCUGAUUCAGAUAGUUCAAAUAGUCCAAUGAGUUUAUCUGCAUCGUCAAUAAACAUAGUUUCAUUAAAUGACAAUAAAAAAUCCGCUGGAUCAACGCCAACAUCAGUUUCCAGUAGUAAAAAACGAAAAUCGAUUCCACAAAAAAUUAUUACAACAAAAAAGCCAACGAUUAAGUCAACAUCAACCAUUGAGAAUGAUGAAACAAUUAUGUUAAAUCAAACAACGAAUGAAUCAAUAAAUCUUCAUAAUGAUAAUAAUGCUUGA